AGCUUUUUCCUUUUAUAUGGUUGGUAAUGAGCUGUCUCUCUAUCAAUCUAAUCCCCCUUUUUCUAUAAAAACCCCCUCCAGAACCCUCUCCCUCUCUCUGGAUUUACACUCAUCAUUCCAUUUCUUCUUUUGAAAUUUUCAUUUUCAUCACUUCACUCACUGCGUUCUCACUCUGUUUCUCUCCUCAAUAAAAUCUCACAUCAUAUACUUUUGCAGUUCGAAGAUCACAACUUUCACCUCAAAUUUGCACUCAAAUUUCAUGUUUUGCUGGUGAUCAGUAAAGUUGUUCGAGUUAUCAAAUCAGGUUUCUGACAAAGUAUUUCGAGUAUCUCUCGGUUAAAGAAGAAAAACUCAGUGGGUGAAGAUUGAUAGAAAGGAGAAGAGAGUUUGAGAUGAUGACAACAGAACAUAAAAGGAGACCUGAACCAUCAUCACUGCUUGAUCAUGGAACACUUAUUAGUAACACAGCAACAAAGCGUCACAAAUCUGAGACCUCUAUCUCAGCUAAGGAAAGGAAAGAAAAGAUUGGUGAGAGAAUUGUAGCUUUACAACAACUAGUUUCUCCUUUCGGAAAGACGGAUACGGCAUCUGUACUUACGGAGGCGAUGGAAUACAUCAGUUUCCUCCAAGAUCAAGUCAAGGUCUUGAGUGCUCCGUAUCUCCAAAAUAAUACAACAGCAAAGAAUCAGGAAUCACAACUUUAUAGCCUAAGAAGCCGGGGACUUUGUCUAAUGCCAAUAUCUUGCACUCUGAGUGUUGCUCGUAGUAAUGGUGCAGAUCUCUGGGCUCCCAUUAAAGGUAGCUCCCCAAAGUUGUAGUUCGACAUCCCCGUGGUUGAUGUUGUGACCUCAUAUUGUCUUUGGUUUCACCACAUUUCUGGGGAAUACGAUAACUGAACGUAACAGCAGCAAUAUGUUGGUGGCUCAAGCUCGAUCAGACGGAAUUUUCCAACAAAUGUUUCGGGAAAAACAAUCUGAAUCAGGAAGUGCAAAUUUAGGUCGCCAGGCUGACUCAUGCAGGAUACGCCAAAGGUACUGCAGUAUGUUACCUAGAUUAAGUGAUCUUAAGCGGCAUCUUUAUAUCUCACGAAGUAUUAUAUGUAGGUAUUAUAAACUUAUAGAUAGAGUAAAAUUGUAUAGUUUGUGAGAAUUACUGUCCCUAGGACUUGAACUGAAUGUCUGAUCAAUCAUCAGCAAAUCUUUCACUAAUUACAAUAUGCUGCGACGGGGCCGGUUUCAUAUUCCGAAACGGUUUAUAAUAAUUUCUACUUACACUGUAGUGCAAA